AUGCUUAAUACAUCGACAAAUGUGUGGCCCUUUGGGAAAUGGGGAAUAGAUAUUGUUGGUCCAUUUAUCCCAGGGACGGGAGAAAAAGGAUUCUUAAUAGUCGCAACUGACUAUUUCACUAAAUGGGCAGAAGUAAAAGCAGUUCAACAUAUUCGCGAUAAAGACAUAUUUAAAUUCAUUUUUGAAAAUAUCAUAUGCAGAUUUGGUAUUCCUGCACAAUUGGUGUCUGAUAAUGGGAAGCAGUUUGAAGGCGAGAAUAUAACAAUGCUGCUCAAUGCGUUCAAAAUUCAGAGUGGAAAAUCUACUGCUUUGUAUCUUCAAAGUAACGGACAGAACUACAAGGAGAGAAGCAACAGGAAUGUCGCCCUUUUGUCUGACAUAUGGAGUAGAGGCAGUACUACCAACAGAAGUGAUCAUCCUUACCGCAAAGACAGAAGCUUGGGAAAAGAAUUUAAGUGCGGAUUUGAUUUUAACAAAGUUGGAUGA